AUUUAAAACUCAAAUUGAGAUCGAGAUUGCCCAGUAAACAAUAUUUCUGUUAUUGUGCUUUCCAAUAAUAUGUGCAUGGGUUUUUCUUCUACUUAGUUUAACUUCACUAUUGUCAUAAUUUAAAUCAAGUAUUUUUCAUUAUUGGAACAAACUGCAGUUUGUAUGUUUUGCAAGCUUUCAAGUGCAUAGAUUUGUAUAGCUGUGUUAUGUUGCAAAUGCUAAAACUUAACAUCUUACUUUAUUAUUCCAGCCAGAACAUUUAAAGGGCAAAAUCCUGCAUCGUUUUCAAAAAGUGUGAAGCGUAAUAUGUGCCACUUCCUUAUACUUGGUUCCACACACCCGCACAAAAUAAACCUAUGUGAGUCAUGUGCUGUCAGUCAUACUUCCAUGUCCCACUCCUCACCCUCAAAGAAAAAAAGCCGUGACUAGUGUCUCCCAUUCUUUCUGUCUGCAUGAGCUUGUAAUUUUAAAGUGCAUUUUCUGUGGAAUUUUUGCGUAUCAUGACACUGUAUACAACCAGUCUCAAACUAUCAGUCAAAUACUAAAAAUAUAAAGGGUUACUCAGCUGUGAUGAAUAUAUUUCUGGAUUACUAUAAAAUGACUCUUUGAGUGUUAUAUUACUUAAUUACUAUUGUCCUCUAUUCUAAUACAUGGAGUGUAUUAAGAAAAGAACGAAAUCUUGAAAGAAAUAUUACUCUGCUUAGAUUUCUGCAUAGAUGCACAUGGCACAUGAUAGCCAGAUGUAAAUCACUUAAUUUCUCAUGAGCACUGCAUAUAUUUGAAGCAUUGAAAUAUGUAAAUGAUCACAUAUGAAUCCGCAUCCACACACCCACGCACAAACACACCCACACUGAUGCAUGCACACUGAGUAAAACACACAAACUAUGUUUUGCAACUCUUUCUGUAUAUAAAGGUCAAGGGUGCGGUCAUCAGGAUCUAAUCGUGUCUUCGGUGACUCCUUCGCAAUGAAAUUAAAGUGAUGACUUCGGAAAAUCUGAAUGCUGGCAGAAGCAUUGAAUAUAAACUAGAGUGGGGGUGGAACUGAGGUUAGAAGCGCUGCAGUUCAUGUGAAACCUGUUGUUUUUUCCUUUGCCAAGAGUUUCUCGAGACUAGAUUAUCAGCAGUUACUAGUGUAGACAUUUUAGACCACAACAAACCUUAUUUAUGUUUGGAGGGGGGUCAGAGGAAGAUGAACAUUCCCUACAUAAUAUGAAAUACUAUGGUGGCAUUGAAGCACUGAAAAGAAAUAGCUGCACUCUGGCUGUCUGUCACAUGCAUCUAGAUGCUCAUUUACAUACAGCAACAAGAGUUCAUGCAUCAGUUAAAGAAGGUCAGCUGUGCUUACAAGCCACCACCACUGAGUGGUUAAAACUGGAAGCUGCAUGUAGGUCAGCUGCAUGAAUGAAGGGUUAUUUCAUGUGUUGUCGAGGAGUUGUUAUAGAUGUGGUAAACUGGAAACUUAUCGAUGAUUAUAAAUGAAAGAAUCAGGGACUGCCUGAAAACAACAUGUGUGUGUGUCCAUGUGUACUCACAGAUGUGCAGAAGUUAUGUGCCAUGUCUUUUUUUAAUGUGGUCAGAUAAAAUAGAGGUGUAAGAUUCUGCUUGCACAGUUUCCUGUGGCAAAGACUUAUUUUGAUGCCAGCAGUGCACUUGUCGGUCACCGAUAAUUCAUGCAACACACGCAGCGACCCUAAAAGUAUUUAGAAACGUGAUGAAUUAGAUUAUAAAAUAGACAUUUUUAAAGAAAUGAUAAACAAUUGACAUACCUGUAGCGUUCAAAAAUAAGUCAAAAUGUCCACGGUUCAUAUGAUGCACUUGUGGUUACGACCAGGGUACCUGUGUGAACCUAACGGUGACAGGCCAGUUGUCAAGAAGUGUUUGUAAAAAUAUAGUCAACAUGACUAAAGAUUGAGCCUAAUGUGUUUGUAGAUGUCUUAUUUUGCAAAAUCCAAAUGCAUUUUGAGACCACUCGGCUGAUUUUUAUAAGUCAGUUAAAGGCCCGGAGAGGACAGAAUAUCUGAACUGCAGAUUUUGAAUGAACAACCAUUGUGCAAGAGAAACCUGUUGUAAAUGAAUGGUCUCUUUGAUCAGAUCUUAGAACAGAACACGUGUUUAUUUAAGCACAAUUGCGUAAAAGGCGUCAGUCUCUCCCUAUAAGGUGACAUCUUACAGGAAGUUGUGCUCAAAUGAGCUCCAUUGCUGUUGAGAACAGCUCUUCAGAAGUGCAUGGGUCUCUUUGGAGUACACGUCCCUUCUCUCGUCAGCUCUUCCCAUCUCCAUCAUGAUAAACACCUUUCACACUAGCUACAAUCCACCACCGGUGCCUCCACGGGCAGGAUACAGCAGACCCCUGCCACCGCAGCCGGGCACCACACCUUUACUCAAGAUUUUAUGUGUGAUGCUUCUGCUUCUAAUGGUGAUGACCUUCGGAGGUUUCUUUUACCUGUCCCAAAAAUUCAGUCAGGCUUUCGCAGUGAGAGAAGCAGCAGCAGCGCCUAUGAAAGGACUAGCACCAUCUUUUAAUGGACCAGCAGCACACAUGGUUCUUCAGGAGGAACAAGCAGGUUCAAACAAACAACUUGUUUGGAAUAAAGAUCAUUCACUGAUACGGGAUGUAGAGACUAGCAAAGCAAGGGACACGUUGAUUAUCAAAAGUCCUGGGAUCUACUUUAUCUAUUCCCAAAUCACUUUCUCCAAACAUUCAAGCAGCUCAUUAAAGCAAUCUAUAUGGAGAAAAGGACCCAACCAGGAACCAGAGGAGAUCCUAAAAUCUUUUUGCAGCUUGGAUUCAAACUCACCAGAUAUAUGCACUGCCUCCCUGUCAGGAAUGUUUCAUUUAAAAGAAAAACAAGAGCUAUACGUUAAAGUAACAAACACAUCUUUGUUGAACAAAGACUCGUGCAGUUUUGGAUUAUUCAAAUUAUAGUAAUAAACUCUGAAGGACAAAACUGACAAAGGGAGAAAUUUACAAAAUGAGAUCAUCAGAGGAUGGACUGGAUCACAGAGACACUAUAGUUAAACAUGGAUCAUUGCAGACAUGAACCAGACAUUAAACUAUGAAGACAUGACCCAAAAAAUAAUAAUUGCACACAUCACUCUCUCAUUUAGAUGUCACCCAAUUCAAGUAUGGAUAUCUCCUAUUCUUUGAGAAAACGGGGAAGACCUUAUGACUUUUCCUGAAUUUCAUUUUUAAUUAUACUGUUCAUUUGAUAAAACAACCCGAUAGGAAUACCAUGAAUGUCUUCAAGCCAUGAAUGCUUGUUUAGUUUUAAAUUAUUUAUUGCUUUUUCAGAAUUCCUUUUAUUGUUUGCUAUUCUUUUUUUAAUAAUAAUAAUAAAGUAUUGACCAUAUUUAUUCAUGGA